AACGUGAAGUUGACGGUUGUUGGUUGCUGUUCUGACAAACCAAAGCACCAAACGUAACAAAAACCGAUCAUCAUAAAAUAUGGCCCCCAUUGUGCGCGCGGGCGGGGAUUUCAAAGCCUCCCUUCCUUUCAUCAAAAAAGAAGAAAACAAAACAAAUACGGAGUAAAUAAAAGAAAACAAUUUUAUGUAUAAAAUCAGUUCUACAUACAACCCCAUCGCGUUUUGAUUGAAAUGUGGAGCUCUUUCUGGAGAUCAGUCGAUCGCUUCUCUCUUCAGCACUUCAAAUGCAUAGUUAAUGAAUUGCGAGAAAUCAAGCUUGUGGAUUAUAAAAACAGGGAUCCACUAGUUGACCUGUUACAAUCUAUUGUAGAGAUUGUUACUUAUGGUGACAGUCAUGAUCCCUUGAUAUUUGAGUGUUUCAUGGAAUAUCAAGUUUUAGCUGAGUUUCUUCGUUUACUAAAGAUUAGUGGAGAUUCAAGCAUUGAGGCACCCCUACUUCAAUAUUUGAGCAUAAUGAUUCAGAACAUACAAACUGAACAUGCAAUCUACUACUGUUUGAGUAAUGACUAUAUCAACAACAUUAUUACUCAUUGCUAUGAGUUCUCUGAUGGAGAUCUAGCUUAUUAUUAUGUAUCUUUGUUAAGAGUUAUGAGCGGGAAAAUAACCAGGGAGACACUUUGCCUUUUGGUAAAGGCCCACCAGCAGAAUUGCAGAACCUCACAUUUAGAGACAGUGAUCUCAUUUCCAUUGUAUACGGAGGCUCUUAAAUUUGCUCAUCAUGAGGAAAAGAUGAUUCAGACAGCCAUUCGUACUGUGACUCUGAACAUAUAUAACGUUUGUGAUGAUAUGGUCUAUCAGUUUAUAACAACACCUCCAGUUUCAGAUUACUUUUCUGACUUGGUCCUUUAUUUAAGAAAGAGAUGCUUCCACCUGGAUAAAAUAGUCCAUGAUAAAAAGGAGGCUUGGAAUUUUGAAAGAAGUAAACUUGUUCUAGAAAGUGAUGAAAUCACAAAUGAUCUCUACUACUUCCAGGACAUGCUUAGCGUUGGGGAGCCUCGUUUGAGCAAAAUUGUCACCCAGAAUAUUUUCAGCUUAUUGGUCUUUCCCACACUGCUUCCAUCAUUGUACUUAAGAGAUACUAAUGAUAUGAACAAGUGUAUAUCUGCAACCACUUCCCUCUAUCUACUUUCUCAGAUUAUUCAAAUUCUCAAGGGAACAAAUAUUAUUCAUUUUAUUUGUGCUUUGUUCCUAUACAUCCCCAUCUUUUCAAGCAUGAAAGAAUCUAUGGAGUCAGUUGCAGCCGAUACUACCAAUCAAACCCAUGUUUUUGAGAGAUAUGUAUCUGAAUUGGAUCAAACGGUGCAACUUCAGUGUGACGGCGCUAAUGAUAUCCGGAGGAAUCUCAUGCUUAAGCAGCUAUUAGAAUGCAUGUCAUCUAACUCUGGUUUUAUAAGCUUUUCCCCUGGGAAUAUGCUGCAGAAAAGUGAUGAAAUAAUCCACAAUGUUUGCUCUAAUAGCCACUGUCUAAUGCUGGCAUCUCUCAUGUUACUGGUAGGAUUGCUUGAAAGUAAAGAUAUUGAUCCCGAGCUUGCUGCAAUCACAGCAAUUCCUGAAAUAAAAAGCAGGAUUAGGAAGAUGUUAUUAGAGAUUUUAGCUAGCAGAACAUCCGUGCAAUUACAAUUGGAGGCAGCUUGGGUCUUACGGAGGCUGCUGUUAGUUUCUGUUGAUAAGAAUCUGGAAGAUAAUGAGCUCCAACUCUUCAAGACAUCAUGUGAGCUGUCCACUGAACAUCUUAAGAAGGAACUUGAUGAAUGCUGGUUUGACUAUAUUCAAGAUACUUUAAAAAAUGAAUGGACUAGCUGCAAAAAAGCCCUUGAGCAACCAUUGCAGUCCAAGGAUCCAUUUUUUGUGCUAGAGCUUUCUUUCGGCCAAAACACUACAAGCAUAUGUCCGACUUCUGCUCUUGCUUGGCAACACAUGGUUGAUGCAGUCAAGGGUUUUAUCAUCCAUCAUCAGCUGAAGUCAUAUAUUUUUAGUGGAUAUUCAUUUGAUAAUGCACUAGCAAACUUGAAAGACAGCUUUUCAAGAGAAACAAAUGGUUCAGACCUUUCACGUGGAAGCUUUGGGUCGGAGCUAUCUUUGGGUUCUGCAAUCCCCUGUAAAAUUGCUUUUUCCAAAACUGGGACAAGGGAUGUAUACAUGAUGCCCUUGGCAACUGGGAAAUCUGGAAAGUUGAUUCUUUUGGAGCCACACCCCUUGUACUCCAGAAAAGGGGUUGUGAUAGCUAUUGCCCCAUUGGCUGGGCUAAAUCUGAGUAUAGUUGAGAACCAACCAACUUGGUUGCUCCUUCGUCUCAGAGACACCAAACCAAGGUUCAGUUCAAUCCAAACUAGAGGCCAUGACUCAAGUCCUUGCAUUCGUGAGCCCGGGAACAGAUGGAUACUACGGUUUCCAGAUGCUCAGGUUUGCAAUACUGCUUACGCGAUGGUACUCAAGGAAAUAAACAAGCAGAGGUCUGUCGUGGAGGGAAUGCUAACUACAUUUCUUCAGAACAUCCCUUCAUAAUCCAUUGAAUGCUACAAAAAAAACUAGUAGAGUUUUCCCCUUUUGUAGCCAUUCCAUUGGAUUUUCAGUGUGAUAGAUUUCCUUUCAGUGUAUCUCGCUAAAUAUACAACAGCUAGUAAUGUUCAUAUCUCUCUCAUGUUUAUGCAGAAAAGGUAUCUGAUAAAACAUUCAAGCACUAAUGACUGACUUUGAGACUCUUGUAGUUAGUAUAUAGUUGAUUGUAUACAAUUACAUUGUGACCCUUCUUUUUUUUGGAUGACGAGGGAAAUCCCACAACCCUUUUCGAGUGUGAAUAAA